CCGACCGAGGAUUUGAUAGCGUCAACAUAAACCAGUGGCGAGAAAUAGCUUCAAAGAUCCAAAACUUCAAGAAACAACCAAAAAAAAGCGCGCGAAUGCGUCCUCUUCCUUCAAUCUACACUCUGCUGAGCUCCUGCAGGACUCUUCGAUCCCUCAAAGAGAUCCACACCCACAUCAUCCUCAACCAAUUCCAGCAGCACCCAUUCUUCAUUUCUCGAUUUCUCGUCCUCUGCAACUCCUUCUCUGCUCUCGACUACGCCGUCUCAGUCUUCAAUCGCGUCUCCGAACCAAAUCUCUAUCUCUACAAUGCUCUCCUAAAAGCCCACUGUGAUCAUGGAUCCCCCCUCUCUGAGUCUUUCUCUCUCUUCAAUCUCUUGCUGAACACUUGCCCUCUUCUCCCCGAUGGCUAUACUUUCACUUCUCUGCUCAAAUCUUGCUCCGAUGCGGGAAAUCUCUCGCUUGGGUCUUCUCUCCACUGCUGCAUUGUCCGUUGCGGGUUGGAUUCUGAUGUGUAUCUGCAGGCGAAGUUGGUCGAUUUCUACGGGAAAUGCAGGCAGCUCGAUGAUGCCCGGAAGGUGUUUGAUGCAAUGCCAGAUGGCAAUGUGGUGUCUUGGACUUCAAUGCUUGUUGGGUACUUAAGUUUUGGCGAUUUGAGUUCGGCUAGAAAGCUGUUUGAUGAAAUGCCAAUCAGAAAUGUGGUUACUUGGAAUGCGAUGAUCGAUGGGUAUGUGAAGGUUCGGGACAUGGUCAAUGCAAGAAGUUUGUUUGAUGAUAUGACCGAGAAGAAUUCGGUUACUUUUACUUCAAUGAUUGAUGGGUAUGCGAAAAUUGGGGACAUGACAACUGCGAGGUCCAUAUUUGAACUAGGAAAGGAUCAUAGAGAUGUGUUCUCAUGGUCGUCUAUUCUAUCGGGUUAUGCUCAAAAUGGACAUCCUGCAGAAGCCAUAAAGAUAUUUCUUGAGAUGUAUGGUAAUAACAUUAAACCCGAUGAACACAUUUUGGUAGGUUUGAUGUCGGCAUGUUCUCAAUUGGGUGGCCUCUCAUUUGCAAAAUGGGUGGACUCAUAUAUCACACGAAGCAAGAUUGAUGUCAAGAGAACCCAUGUGUCCGCUGCAUUGAUAAACAUGAAUGCAAAGUGUGGUAACAUGGAAAGAGCCGCUCAUUUGUUUGAGUCAUUGCGUAGCAGGGACUUGUUCAUGUAUUGCUCAAUGAUGCAAGGCUAUUCUCUUCACGGGUGCGGAGAUAAAGCUGUAGGACUCUUCUCUAGAAUGCUUAAAGAAGGGGUUUUGCCUGAUGGUGUUGCCUUUACUGUGAUUCUUAAUGCAUGUAGCCAUGCUGGUUUAGUUGAAGAAGGGAAGCAUUAUUUUGAGAUGAUGAAGAAUGAAUAUAUGAUUGAACCGUCUCAAGACCAUUAUGCAUGUAUGGUUGACCUCUUGGGGAGAGCUGGGCACUUAAAAGAGGCUGAUGAAGUUAUACAAAGGAUGCCUAUGGAGCCACAUGCUGGUGUUUUGGGGGCAUUGUUGGGGGCUUGCAGAAUACAUUGUGACAGUGAGCUUGGAGAGCUUACUGCACAGAAGCUUUUUGAAAUUGAGCCACACAGUACAGUUACGUACAAAGAGGAUAAAGGACUUGGAGUUUCUGAAAAGAGUUGCUUGGUAACUUCUCCCAGUGAUCGUUAGUUUCUUAAUGGGUGAAUAGAACAGCAGAUUAGAAGGCAAGGUGGCAAUAAUUACAGGAGGUGCCGCAGGGAUUGGUGCGGCCACUGCCAAGCUCUACUGCCACCACGGUGC